GCGCGGCUUCCGCCCGGUUGCCAAGGCGACGGGUACACAGUGCGGCCCUGCGCGGGCGCGCAGCCCGCCGCGCCGCCGCCAUGAGCCAGCGGCAGGUUCUGCAAGUUUUCGAGCAGUACCAGCGCGCCCGGACGCAGUUCGUGCAGGCGGUGGCCGAGCUCGCCGCCCGGCCGCAGAACGUCGAGACGCUCCAAAACGCAGGUGUAAUGUCUUUGCUGAGACCUCUUUUGCUGGAUGUCGUCCCAACUAUUCAACAGACUGCUGCUUUGGCUCUUGGGAGACUUGCCAAUUAUAACGAUGACCUGGCAGAGGCAGUGGUGAAGGGAGACAUUCUUCCACAGCUCUUGUGUUCAUUGUCUGAGCAGAAUCGUUUCUACAAGAAAGCAGCUGCAUUUGUGCUAAGAGCAGUUGGUAAACAUUCUCCACAGCUAGCUCAGGCAGUAGUUCAGUGUGGAGCACUGGAAAUGCUUGUGAUUUGCUUGGAAGAUUUUGACCCUGGAGUCAAAGAAGCUGCAUCUUGGGCACUCGGGUAUAUUGCCCGACACAAUUCAGAACUGUCACAAGCUGUGGUGGAUGCAGGCGCUGUUCCUCUUUUAGUGCUCUGUAUCCAGGAGCCAGAAAUUGCUUUGAAAAGGAUUGCUGCUUCAACUCUCAGUGAUAUUUCAAAGCAUUCUCCAGAGUUAGCACAGACAGUAGUGGAUGCAGGAGCUAUCGCUCACUUAGCUCAGAUGAUCCUGAACCCUGAUGCUAAACUGAAGCGUCAGGUGCUGUCGGCUCUAAGCCAAAUAGCAAAGCAUUCAGUGGAUCUUGCAGAGUUGGUGGUUGAAGCAGAAAUUUUCCCAGUUGUGCUCACAUGCCUGAAGGACUCAGAUGAAUAUGUCAAGAAAAAUGGUGCAACUUUAAUUAGAGAGAUAGCAAAGCAUACGCCUGAGCUUUCACAGCUUAUAGUAAAUGCAGGUGGAGUCGCUGCUGUGAUUGAUUGUAUUGGCAGCUGCAGAGGGACUGUCAAACUGCCUGGCAUCAUGAUGCUUGGUUAUGUAGCAGCUCAUUCGGAGAACCUGUCAAUGGCAGUGAUUGUCUCCAAGGGAAUACCACCACUGUGUGCCUGCUUGAUAGAAGAACAUGAAGAUCAUAUUAAGGCAGCAGCUGCUUGGGCCUUGGGACAGGUUGGAAGACAUACUCCUGAGCAUGCACGUGCUGUUGCAGUAGCAAACGUACUACCCACACUGCUUGCUAUGUAUAUGGACACACGCAGUUCAGAAGAUCUUCAAAUGAAAACUAAAAAAGCCUUAAAGAACAUCCUUCAGAAAUGCACGUAUCUUCCAGCACUUGAACCAUUGCUGCAUGAUGCCCCUCCCAAUAUUAUGAAACACAUUGUUGGGCAGUUUAGUAAGGUGUUACCACAUGACAGUAAAGCACGUCGUCUCUUUGUAACAACUGGUGGACUUAAAAAGGUUCAAGAAAUAAAAGCAGAACCUGGGUCACUUCUUCAGGAAUAUAUCAACACUAUUAACAAUUGCUAUCCAGAGGAAAUAGUAAGGUAUUAUUCCCCUGGAUAUUCUGAGAUACUUCUGGAAAGGGUGGAAAAUUACCAUCCAGUUUUAUAAACUUCAUUUUUUUAUUAGAGCUGUAUUUCACAUUUAUGCCUUUAUGACUAUAAUACGAAUACAGCUGUUGAAACUCUUGUUUGAUUCUGAAAUCUCCUUCUACUGUUUGAACUACUGAAAGAGCUCAGCAAUUCCAGCAAGCUAUAUUUUGUUCUUUAUAAACUUGUUUGAUAAGUUUUUGUCCUUUCUGUUUUUUCUCUAACGUUACUACCAGAUAUUGUAGCAUAUAUGAAUGGAAUUUCACGCAGGGGUGAUGAUUUAUCACAGAAGCUUUUUUAGAAUCAGUCAUUUCCUUUUCCUUCCACAAGAAAGGUUUGUUAUUAUCUCAUUCAAAUUUUACCAUUCUCAGUACUGUAGCCAUUUUCCCCUUUUGCCUUUGCAUAUUGUUUAGAGCUUCCCAAGCUCGAUGAGGGGGAAAAAGCUGGCCCCUGUGCUUUUUUCUAAUUAUGGAAUCCAUUCUGCACUGAGAUAUCUCCUACUGCUACCUUUCAGAAAGUAAAGUGAUGUGAUUUUGCAUCUCCAAACACGUUAGUAGCUGUUAAAUAAAGAAAUAAUCAGAUCUGAUGAUGAUAAAAGGGCUGAAUUCUGCAUGAUAUGAUAGUGUGGUGGUCCUGGCAUGGUAGAUAAUACAUCUUCUGCAAAAGUCUUCCUAAUUAAGGCAGGAUUCACUGUGGAGGGAAGGAGCAAUACACUGUUUGGUGUAUGCAUUGUUGUUCCUCUUGGAAAGGACAGAGUGAACUUAGAAUUUCCAUGGGCACAAAGGGAAGGACGCUGGGAGGUUUGGCUCCAUUUGAGUCAGCAGUAAAUUUGUGUGGCUCAGAAGAGAGGAGAAUUACUUGGCUGCAGGAACACUGUUAGCAAAGUUCUGAGCACAUUCAGAGGAAACCUGAGGACACUUGAGUCCCACUGAUUGGAGUGAUGGGACCAAAGCUGCUCAGUACUUAUUCUUCAAGAGCUGAAAUUGCUGCAGAAUUGAGUUGAAGCACACUUGGAACUUAGUCUUGAAGUUGCAGAUCACAUCGACGUGGAGGUUAUUGGAGGUAUGAGCUCUUGUGUGUCUGUAGAACAUCCUGGAAAUAUUUUUGCCUUCUUAUGUAGAGUGAAAGGAAUUUUACAUUCUGCUUACUGCUCUGGUAUACUGUAGCAGCAGGGAGCAGUAUACAACCCUUUAAUAUUCCCUAAUAUGUAACUGUCUUUUACCAUUUUUUGUUGUUCUAACCAUUUUUGUUUUCCUAUGCAGCAGUUUUUUGUGGGGUUUUUUUUGUUGUUGUUGUUGGUUUUUUUUUUUUUCCUAAAGGGUAAUAAACAGUGUUUCUGGAAUGGGAUGUUGAAAUACUGGCAGCCACAAGGAAAGACAAUUUUUGAAAACCCCCGCAGGAGAGAAACUUGUCUACUUUCUUAAACUUAUUAACUGAAUGAGUUUAUAAAACAGGAAUAGUCUCUUCUAUUACUCGUAAAACAGGAGCAAAGACUUAUUGCAGUUGGAAAUGAUUUAGAGUGGCUUUUCUCUGCCAAAUUCCAAAUGACUAUUUUCUUUUAUUCUUGUCAGCAUAUUUUUCAACAGUUUACAAAAACAUUGAUGGGCUAUCUUGUGUUAAGGUUUAAUUCUACAGAGGGCUGUGCUCCCGCUGUGAGGUAUUUGGUGCUCUCAGGCUCUGUUCUUCAGAAGGAGCAGGGGAUAGACAGUACCUUGCUAUAUGGAGCCUAACUGAGAUGGAAACCAUUGGUGUCAUGAAUACCGGUAUAGAAGCCACACCAGCUGGGUUAGUCCACAUCAGAGUGAAAAGUCUUGGAACUGACUAGUUUCUACCAAAUGCCUUUUCAUUUUUGGUGUUUAUAUUCUGACAUUAUUAAUGCUAGGACACUAGUGGAAAAACAUUAGGUCUAUUAAAAAGAUUGUUGUAAUACUCAAUAAUUUUCUCACAUGCAUUAUGGAUAUUUAAAAAUAAAAUCUUGUACAAUCUCUAAAAGAAUAUGUAAUGGGAGGGCUUCCAGACAGUCUUGAAGGAUCUGAAACCUUUAUUUUCCCUAGCGGAACAGAAAUGGUGCAGAAGGCUGAAUGCAGUUGCAGUGCAGAUGGGAGGCAGGGUAGGCAUGGAGCUGCAUACCCAUAGCUGCAUCAUGUGCUUUGGAGCACACCCACACCACACAAUGCUAAUGUAUAUGUUUUGUACGGAGAGAGCAAAGAGGCUUCAGUCCCCUGACAAAUGUGCUCCUGCUGUGUCACACUGUGCUACACUGUAAGGAUUCCACAGGGUUAAAUUUCAAUGCCUAAACAAUUUGUUCACAGUCUUUUCACAGUCUUUUUCUGAUUCCUGACAAAGGAAAUGAUUGCACAAGGCAAACCUUCAAAGCGAUCUGAUUGUGCAGAGCACAAUCUAAAUCAGACCUAGCAAAAAUACAUCUUUACACCAGCUAGGCAGUUCUGUCCUAAGCCAGUGGCUGUUUGGCCUUUUGUUGCAGGACUCUCCUGGACGAUGCCACAUCCCAUUAGGCUGUGGCAGCGCAAAGUCCCCUCCCGCAUACUUUGAGACCCCCUCAGCUCUCCUUUGCUGGCAGGCUGCUUCCCUGCAUUGUACAUAUAGCUUCUGGCUGGAGGCUUCUCAGGAGGUACGUGUCUGCACAGUGCAGAUCCUAGCCCUUCACAGCAGAAUUAUCACUAAUUUGUAUUUUAGGCUUACAUUACUAGGGUAAGAGUUGCUCUUUUCCUGUAGUGUUUCACGAGUUCUGAUGUACAGCGUUUCUAUUCCAUCCUCUUAUUUGGCUUAAGUCAUCAUCUAAAGCUAUAUUAAUGUUUGUAAUUGCUACUCUGGCAGGCUUCAAGUGUGUAUCAUUUGUCUCGAUUUCAUAGAAUAAAAUGUAGAUUUGCAUUUUAA